AUGCUCACUGUAUCUGCUGACACUAGUUCCACCAGCCAUUGCUCCACCAACAAUUUCCUUGGUGCGUUAUCAAUUUUGUCAAUAUGGAUUCACCUUCAUACUAUCCUACCAGCAAUGUCCGAUGUCACACCCUCGAUGUUUCCUAUCAAGCCCGAGUGGUCUGCCAUUUGCUCGACCCACCGUCAGCCUGUCGAGUGGAGUGUGGUGAAGGCCAAUCUCAAGGGCAAUCAAGGACGAUGGUAUGCCAAAUGCAAAAUUCGUAACGAAGAUGGCAUGCCCUGCUCCUACUUUCGGUGGGGCUCACCGAGGACGUCACCUACACAGUUGCCACAGAUUUCACCGGUUCCAUUGCCCAGUUUGAGCAGCCAGGCAAGGCAUUGUGCUGUUCCUGGUUGCAAGUUCCCUCGAAUUGCUGCAGAUUGCGAGAACAUCUGUUGUCACACGCACUGCAUUACCUUUGGAGGCUGCAAAUUGAAAAACCACUUUGUACUUGCACUUAGCCCUCCAGAUGCUUGGUCAUUGACACAAUCACUAUCACCAACACCAGUUCUUUCAGCUGCCCCUUCACCAUUACCUUCUGCUUCACCGUCUCCUCUGCCAUCUCCAUUGCUCUCACCUGCCAGUGCCUUACCAGAUACAGUAUUGCCGCCCAGCCAUAUUCGUUCAUCUUCGCGCCAGGCUUCAAGGCAGCCUGCUAGACAGUCCCGUGGCCGACAUGCCAGUAAGGGCAAGGGCCGUGCUAUUGAGCCCAGUACCGAGGUGGAUAUCUUGGCUGAUCCACACCAUCAAUCUCAACUCCCACCAAUUUUCAUGGAGCGCUAUGCAGAGCAGGAGCGCACACUUCAACAAACGCAAGCCAAAGCAGCCUCUGAUCGUGACUUUCAAAUGCAGGUUGCUAAUACUGUGAAUGCCUAUGGGUGGUGUAAGGAUGGCGAGGAUGCCCAGUUAUGUGAAUUUCAGAACGGGUUUGUAUACCCCAAAUUCCCAGUGACCACGGACAUAUUAGCAGCACUUGGCCUUCCUUUUGGCAUCGACGGCAAACACCUGGUUCAGUACUUCAAUCCCUCGUGCUGUCGAUGGGUCCAAAUUUUCCAAGGGCACGUGCUUACCCUUGAUGCACGUUCUGUCUACCUGUGCAAUGUGGGAGUUACAGUCACGCCAGACUUUGAUUCUGUCUUCACACAUUCCUCUGACGCUGCAGCUCCUCCCCACCUGCGAAAGAAUCUUCCAAGGGAGCGAGCAUCAGUGCAUCUAGCCAUCAACCAGGAUAUCAUUGCCGAUGCCUCCUUGCCUUCGUCUCCAGCGCCAUUGCCAUUGCCAUUGCCUCCAGCACCAUCACCUUCACCUCCAGUACCAUCACCUUCUCCCCCACCCACUGUGCUCAGAACCCGUCAUCGCAAGGUAGUCUGCACAUCUGAUCUGCUAGACCUUAGUAUAGACUUGGAUGAGAGCGACGAACAUGAUGGUGACCGUACCAUCACUCCAUCUUCAUCUGGCCUGUCACCGGAGCAUCCAAUCGAUGUUGAUGCAUUCAUCGCUACUCGCCGAUGGCCAAGCGAUUUCUAUACCUGUGAGGUUUCAGCUUGUUUUGAUGCCUGCAGGAAGGCACGCGAGGCCGGCAAGUCAUUCAAGUCUACGUUCCUGGCCUUCUAUGGGCCAAAGGUGAAGUUUAACCCAUCGACAUUCACAGAACACUACCAGCGGUGGUUUGAUGCACCGGUCUCCAUGUGGGCCCGGUUUGUGUCCUGUGGCAUGAUGCAGGAGGGACUAUAUUCUAUGUUUAUGAAGGAAAGUCCUGCACGUCAUGCACAGGUAAAGGCUGUGAAGAAGCGUCUAAAGGCAAACUGA